AGACCUGGAAGAAAGACUUUGUCUUGGAGCUAACUCCUGAGCAUUUUUGAGAUCAUUCAUCAUGAAGUAUGUAGUACAGGAAUGGCUCAGAGUAACUAUCUUGCUAUUCAUAGCUCAAGCAGUUUCUGCAAUGAUUCUUCCCAAUGCCACGAUCUUAGAGGAACUUUUGGAAAAGUACAUGGAUGAAGAUGGUGAGUGGUGGAUCGCCAAGCAGAGAGGGAAAAGGGCUAUCACAGACAGUGAUAUGCAAAGUAUCUUGGAUCUUCAUAAUAAGUUACGGGGUCAGGUGUAUCCACCAGCUUCCAAUAUGGAAUAUAUGUCAUGGGACACAGAACUGGAGAGAUCUGCAGAGUCAUGGGCUGAAACCUGUCUAUGGGAGCAUGGACCAGCAAACCUUCUUCCAUCAAUUGGACAGAAUUUGGGGGCACACUGGGGAAGGUACAGACCUCCAACAUUUCAUGUCCAAGCAUGGUAUGAUGAAGUGAGAGAUUUCACAUAUCCUUAUCCUCAUGAAUGCAAUCCAUAUUGUCCAUACAGAUGCUCUGGUCCUGUUUGUACACAUUACACACAGGUUGUUUGGGCUACAAGUAGCAGAAUUGGUUGUGCAAUUAAUUUGUGUCAUAACAUGAACAUCUGGGGACAGAUUUGGCCAAAAGCAGUCUAUCUUGUAUGCAAUUAUUCUCCUAAGGGUAAUUGGUGGGGUCAUGCUCCUUAUAAACCUGGUCGCCCUUGUUCUGCAUGUCCCCCUAGUUUUGGAGGAGGUUGUAGAGAAAAUCUUUGUUACAGAGAGGAUUCAGAAAGACCUUAUUCUCCCCAUGAACCAGAAGAGGAAACCAAUGAGAUUGAACGUCAACGAUCCAAAGCCCAGGAUGCAACAGCGCAAAGCUGGCCAAGAACGCAUUCACCUUCGACCUCCACAGGCACUGAUGACAGUGAGAAAAAUGAAGUAAUAAGCACACAGCAAAUGUCUCAGAUUGUCUCAUGUGAAGUAAGGCUAAGAGAUCAGUGCAAAGGAACAACUUGCAAUAGGUAUGAAUGUCCUGCUGGCUGUUUGGAUAGCAAAGCCAAAGUUAUUGGAAGUGUACAUUAUGAAAUGCAAUCCAGUAUUUGUAAAGCUGCCAUACAUUAUGGCAUCCUAGACAAUGAAGGUGGUUGGGUUGAUGUCACUAGGCAAGGGAGGAAAAACUACUUUAUCAAGUCUUACAGAAAUGGCAUUCAGUCAAUUGGGAAAUACCAGUCAGCUAAUUCCUUCACUGUCUCUAAAGUAACAGUUCAGGCUAUUACCUGUGAAACAACAGUGGAACAACUGUGUCCAUUUCAAAAACCAGCCUCACACUGUCCAAGGGUGUAUUGUCCUCACAACUGUAUGCAGGCAAAUCCACACUACGCUCGUGUCAUUGGUACACGAAUUUAUUCUGAUAUAUCCAGUAUCUGCAGAGCAGCACUACAUGCUGGUGUAGUCCGUAACCAGGGCGGUUAUGUUGAUGUUAUGCCAGUAGACAAAAGAAAGAUGUACGUUGCUUCCUUUCAAAAUGGAAUAUAUUCAGAAAGUUUACAGAAUCCUCCAGGAAGCAAGGCAUUCAGAGUAUUUGCUGUUGUUUGAAUCUAGCAAGUAAAAUGUAAAACAGGCAAGUGAAACCAGAGCACUUGGAAAAGAGUAAUACAGGCCAUUUCUUAUAAUUCCUAAAAUUUGUAUAAAGCUGUAACAUUAUUGUACAGAAGAUGUAUACUGCUUUCCACCAAAAAGUUUAAAUUACAUAUAUAUCUUAAUGAAAAAAAAUCUGUAAAAAUAAACAUGGGAGAAAAAUGCAUAUGAAAAUCUAUAAUGAUAUAUAACACUACUUUGAAUCCUGUGUUAAAUAUUGCUAUAUUUUCUUAGCAGUUACUCUUUUACAGUUAAUUCAAAACUCCUAAAUGUUCUUUGUUUUCCUCAUCUGAAUAUAUUAUUGUAUGGUGCUUUAUAUAUGCCACUAACAGUAACCUUUAAACUAUAUCAUAGGGAGGCCUGAGUUUUUAUUUUCAGUGUACAGAAAAGAAGCCAUCCCAAUAUUCUGAUAAAAUAAAUCAUGCCUUAAAGUAAAAUAAAAACAUAUAUAACUUUUUGAUGAUUUACAGUAGCAUUAGCCAUGCAAGCAUAAAUGAAGAGCUAGAUUGUUCUCAAUUUCACACUAAUCAUAACAAGUCCAAAUACCUAUUUUGAAAUAAAAUGGAAGAUAUAAAAUAUGGGAAGCUCUGGGUCAUAUUAGCAUGUUUUCCUCUAAAAAAAAUAUUUCUAAGACACAUUCAUCUCUAUUAUUUCUUAAAUAGGUUGAUAAAAUAUUUAUUGGAUGCUGCUAAGCUCUUUAAUUCAAAUAAGCAAUUCAUUAUGGCCCAGUCUUUCACAAAUAUUCCACUGUCUUGGGAUGGUUGAGUGAGAGACAGACACAUAUGAUAUUGAAGGAUCUGAUAAAAUUUUUAUAUUGAGAAGUGUAGUAACCUGAAAUUAAGGAAUAAGCCUGCAGUUCUGCAAUGCAGUUCUGCACAUCCACAUAUAUAUUUUUGCCAUGUCACUCCUUCAAUUUACCUAAAUUGUGUUUCAGAAAAAAUGUAGACUUGUACACAUACAUAAAAAUUUGCAAGCUUGUGGCCUUGAGUUUUACAUGUUGUCAAUAUACAUCGAUAUGAGGGUAAAUGUUCAAAAAAACCAAAGAAAAUAAUAACAAAGGCUAACCUUGCUCCCCAUGACCUGGCAAAUAUUCCUGCAGGCCAGGAAGUAUAGUGGUAGGAAGCCCAAUGACAAUUAUGUCAUUCGUUGCUUCACCAUUUAAAAAAAUUCAUUUAUGGUGAACAGCUUGGUGGAUUAAUUUUACCAUAUUAUGGUAUAUAAAGAACAUGUAGUGGUGUUACUAUGUUUCUUUCUAUGAAAAGUGUAUUGGUGCUUUAAGACUGAAAAGCUGUUAAACUUUAUUUUUGGUGUAUUUUCUUUCUGAUUUUGAAUUUCACUGCAACUUGUAAACUUAUUCAUACUCUUCAUAUUUCAGAAUACGAUAUUCUGCCUUCUCUUUUGCUACAUGUACUACCUCAUGUAGUUAGACAAGCUUUGUUAGUUUUUUUUAAUCUGUUUUGAAUAAAAAUAAU